UGAUGGGUACUGAUAGACAGCACUGAUAGGUGGCACUGACUGGCGGCACUGCUGGGCACUGACUGGCGGCACUGCUGUGCACUGACUGGUGCCACUGACUGGCAGCACUGCUGGGCUGCACUGAUGGGCACUGGUGGGAGGCACUGGUGGGCACAGGUGGGUGGGCACAGGUGGGUGGCACUGCUGGGCACAGGUAGGUGGCACUUCUGGGCACACUUGUGUGACACUGCUGGGUGGCACAGGUGGGCGGAGUUAAUGGGCGCACUGCUGGGCACAGGUGGGCGGAACUUGUGGGUGGCACUGCUGGGCACCGAUCAUCAGGCCACUGAUCAUCAGUGCCCUGAUGAUUGGUGCCGAUUCCUGCUCUAACAACUGCCGGUUCUCGGCAGUACUUUCCUCACAAUCUGACAGCGUGAGGAAAGUGCAGCCUAGAACCGGUAAUUGCAU